AUGACCCUGAAGUCUUUGGGUCUGCUACUAGCCAUCAAAGCGAAGCCAAAGACUGGAUUUAACACUGUCACCGGGUAUAAGAAGAUCGAUCUAACCUUGUGGGAAAAGAAUGCUGGACCGGGGGACAGUGUAGAAGCGUUGGUCAACUACACAAUAAGGGCCAUGUACGAGGCUGCUCUUCAUGAUUACUUUGAAGAAUGGACUCUGGUCGAAUUCAAUAAGCUUGAUAGGACCACGAGAAGCAAGCUGAAAGACUUCCUUCAGAUACGUGGUGUUUAUUUGGACCAUAGAGAUAUUCCUCCAAGAUGGCCAGAUGACAUGAUCGCCGGCAAGAAAUUUGACUCAAGAUCAAGGAUGGCCUUAGGUCAACAAGCUCAGUUAACACCAAGGAGUGACACUACCCCACCGGCUAAGAGAAUUGAGAAUCAUAAUAGGGAUUACCUCAUUAGAUUGCCUUAUUCUGACAAGGAAAAGGAAGAGACAACACUCGGGAGAGAUCCAGAGAGAAGAAUCAACAAUAACCCCCUACAGCUGGAGACUCAUGUCCGAGAUCUUGAUAGUCGUACACCCUUGACUGGUGCCAACGCAGUGCCGAUAGGGACACCGGCCCCCAGUCCAAUCAAGAUAUCUACCACACCACCUCCGCGUCCCUCUAUGUCGUUGACAUCUGCGAGGCAACUUAAUGAGUACAUGAGAUUGCCGCCUACAGAGUAUGAACAAGAGGAUAUUGACCCGUCAUUGGCCGCAAAGUUUUCCAAGGCAUGGGACAAGGCAGAGAGUUAUUCAGGAGAACGAUAUGAUAUCCUAGACGACAAAGUCCUUGCUUUCCUGAGAGUUUGUCGAUUGAUUGGAGUACAAUUAACGCAAUGUUGGAUACUCUUUCCCGAGAUGCUUUCUGGGCGUGCAAAAACCUACUACAUGCACCAUAUUGGUCAAGAUGCUUCAUUUAUAGAUACGUACAAAGCUAUAAAGGCGUACUUUGACACGGAUUCCAACCAUCAGGUGUACUACCAGGACUGGACGUCGACCACAUUGAAAGGCGUUCUCCAUAACAACCCCAGCAAAACGCUUGUGGAAGCAGUAGAAAUCCUUAUUGAGAAACUUCACUUAUGCCAAUGUGCCCUGGGAAAUGCGUACAAGGGCCAGGAACAUCUAGUUGCUGCUGUCACUAGAGCCUGUCAAGAUUCGCCUGAGAUGAGCGACGCUCUUAGUGAUCCUGCAACGAAUUUUGAGAUGUUGGUAUCAAGACUCCGUGCCAGGGCCGCUGUGGUCCAAGGAAAGGAGUCAGCCAGUCAAUAUCUAACCCGAGUUAAAGCCAACUCAGCUCCCAAUGGGAUAGGAGAAGACAAUCCAAUGACGCUGUACACAGAUAGAAAGUUCUUGGGCCGCAUAAACCAGAAUAAUCGACAAACCCCACGUCAAGGAUAUCGACGCCAGGGACGUGAUGAUCAUAAUUCCCGCCAACAAGGUGAUAGGAAGUGUUGGAUCUGCCACAGGUCCGAUUGCCGCUUGUUCAAACACUCCAACAAGGAGCGCCGCAGAGCGAGAGAGCGGUUUAAUGAUUAUCAACGUGUAGAUGGUAGACGCUCCGCUUCUGACCGCACAUAUCGCGCCUUUAUCAUGGACUUUGAAAAGGGCUAUAUAAUUGAGUCAGAUAGUGAGGAGGAUAACGUUGAAGAAGAAGACGACAUUGAGGACGACGCCACUGCGUAUUUCAUGAUCAACGAACUGCAAGAUCAUUCCUUUAUCCAUUGGAUAAGUGGAUACCACGACGAUAUCGAUCAGGAAGGAUUCCACCACAAAUUGGAGGUAAGAGAGCUUGAUCAAUCAGAGCGCAAGGAUGGCCUCCUAGAACCUGCUUCUCAAUUUGUACUUGAACACCAUGAAGGCGAGAUUUUCCAAGGAAUUCUUCCAGAUACUGGAGCAGCAAAGGUAUCAACUGUUGGCCGACGUCAACUUGCUGCCUUGCAGAGAAGCUAUCCAGAGAUUACCAUUGAUAGGACCCGUGCAGGAGAGCACUCAAUUUGA